AUGAUGCGUCUCCGGCUCUUCUGUAUCCUUCUCGCCGCGGUCUCAGGAGCCCGGGGUUGGGGCUACUACGGCUGCGACGAGGAGCUGGUUGGGCCCCUGUAUGCACGCUCCCUGGGCGCCUCCUCCUACUAUGGGCUCUUCACUGCGCCCCGCUUCGCCCGGCUGCAUGGCAUAAGUGGAUGGUCUCCCCGGAUUGGGGACCCAAAUCCCUGGCUCCAGAUCGACCUAAUGAAGAAGCACCGAAUUCGGGCUGUGGCCACGCAGGGGUCCUUUAACUCGUGGGACUGGGUCACACGUUACAUGCUGCUCUAUGGCGACCGAGUGGACAGCUGGACACCAUUCUAUCAGCGAGGGCACAACGCGACCUUCUUCGGUAACGUGAACGAGUCAGCGGUGGUUCGCCACGACCUGCACUAUCACUUCACGGCGCGCUACAUCCGCAUCGUGCCCUUGGCUUGGAACCCGCGCGGCAAGAUCGGCCUGAGGCUCGGUCUCUACGGCUGCCCUUACAAGUCCGACGUGCUGUAUUUCGAUGGCGAUGAUGCCAUCUCCUACCGCUUCCCGAGAGGAGUCAGCCGGAGUCUGUGGGACGUGUUCGCCUUCAGCUUCAAAACCGAAGAAAAGGACGGGCUCCUGUUGCACGCCGAGGGCGCCCAGGGCGACUACGUGACACUUGAGCUGCAGGGGGCGCACUUGCUGCUGCACAUGAGCCUGGGCAGCAGUCCCAUCCAGCCAAGGCCGGGUCACACGACCGUGAGCGCUGGGGGAGUCCUCAAUGACCAGCACUGGCAUUACGUACGAGUCGACCGAUUUGGCCGUGACGCAAAUCUCACCCUGGACGGCUACGUGCAGCGCUUCGUGCUCAAUGGCGACUUCGAGAGACUGAACCUGGACAACGAGAUGUUCAUCGGGGGGCUGGUGGGCGCCGCGCAGAAGAACCUUGCCUAUCGGCAUAAUUUCCGCGGCUGCAUAGAAAACGUCAUCUUCAACAGAGUCAACAUCGCGGACUUGGCCGUGAGGCGCCAUUCCCGGAUCACCUUCGAGGGUAAGGUGGCCUUCCGUUGCCUGGACCCGGUUCCUCAUCCCAUCAAUUUCGGAGGUCCUCACAACUUCGUGCAAGUGCCUGGCUUCCCCCGCCGCGGCCGCCUCGCAGUCUCUUUUCGCUUCCGCACCUGGGAUCUCACUGGGCUGCUGCUUUUCUCCUCCCUGGGGGAUGGGCUGGGCCACGUGGAGCUGAUGCUCAGUGAAGGGCAGGUCAACGUGUCUGUGGUGCAGACCGGCCGAAAGAAGCUUCAGUUCGCUGCUGGGUUCCGCCUGAAUGACGGCUUUUGGCACGAGGUGAAUUUUGUAGCCCAGGAAAACCAUGCAGUCAUCAGCAUUGAUGAUGUGGAGGGGGCAGAGGUCAGGGUCUCAUACCCACUGCUGAUCCGUACAGGAACCUCAUACUUCUUUGGAGGUUGUCCCAAGCCAGCCAGUCGAUCGGGCUGCCACUCCAACCAGACGGCGUUCCAUGGCUGCAUGGAGCUGCUCAAGGUGGAUGGUCAACUGGUCAACCUGACUCUGGUGGAGGGCCGGCGGCUUGGAUACUAUGCUGAGGUCCUCUUUGACACAUGUGGCAUCACUGAUAGGUGCAGCCCUAACAUGUGUGAGCAUGACGGUCGCUGCUACCAGUCUUGGGAUGACUUCAUCUGCUACUGUGAACUGACAGGCUACAAGGGGGAGACCUGCCACCAGCCUUUGUAUAAGGAAUCCUGUGAGGCUUAUCGACUCAGUGGGAAAACUUCUGGGAACUUCACCAUUGAUCCUGAUGGUAGUGGCCCCCUGAAGCCAUUUGUGGUGUACUGUGAUAUCCGAGAGAACCGGGCAUGGACAGUUGUGCGCCAUGACAGGCUGUGGACGACUCGGGUGACCGGUUCCAGCAUGGAGCGGCCAUUCCUCGGGGCUGUCCAGUAUUGGAAUGCAUCCUGGGAGGAGGUCAGUGCCCUGGCCAAUGCUUCCCAGCACUGUGAGCAGUGGAUCGAGUUCUCCUGCUACAAUUCCCGGCUGCUCAACACAGCAGGAGGCUACCCCUACAGCUUUUGGAUUGGCCGAAAUGAGGAGCAGCACUUCUACUGGGGCGGCUCGCAGCCUGGGAUCCAGCGCUGUGCCUGUGGUCUGGACCGGAGCUGUGUGGACCCUGCUCUGCACUGUAACUGUGACGCCGACCAGCCCCAGUGGAGAACCGACAAGGGCCUGCUGACCUUUGUGGACCAUCUGCCUGUCACUCAGGUGGUGGUGGGGGACACAAACCGAUCCAGUUCGGAGGCCCAGUUCUUCCUGAGGCCUCUGCGCUGCUACGGCGACCGAAAUUCCUGGAACACCAUCUCCUUCCACACUGGGGCUGCACUACGCUUUCCCCCAAUCCGGGCCAACCACAGUCUUGACGUCUCUUUCUACUUCAGGACCUCGGCUCCCUCAGGAGUCUUCUUAGAGAAUAUGGGGGGCCCUUACUGCCAGUGGCGCCGACCUUACGUGCGCGUGGAACUCAACACAUCCCGGGAUGUAGUCUUCGCCUUUGACGUGGGGAAUGGGGAUGAGAACCUGACAGUGCACUCAGACGACUUUGAGUUCAACGAUGACGAGUGGCACCUAGUCCGGGCGGAAAUCAACGUGAAGCAGGCCCGGCUCCGCGUGGAUCACCGGCCCUGGGUGCUACGGCCGAUGCCCCUGCAGACCUACAUCUGGCUGGAGUAUGACCGGCCCCUCUAUGUUGGAUCUGCAGAGCUCAAGAGGCGGCCUUUCGUGGGUUGCUUGAGGGCUAUGCGUCUGAAUGGAGUGACUCUGAACCUGGAGGGCCGUGCCAAUGCCUCUGAGGGUACCUCACCCAACUGCACAGGCCACUGCGCCCACCCCCGGUUCCCCUGUUUCCAUGGCGGCCGCUGUGUGGAGCGCUACAGCUACUACACCUGUGACUGUGACCUUACGGCUUUCGAUGGGCCAUACUGCAACCACGACAUUGGCGGUUUCUUUGAGCCUGGCACCUGGAUGCGCUAUAACCUCCAGUCGGCACUGCGCUCCGCAGCCCGCGAGUUCUCCCACAUGCUGAGCCGGCCAGUGCCGGGCUACGAGCCUGGUUACAUCCCCGGCUAUGACACUCCUGGCUACGUGCCCGGCUACCAUGGCCCUGGGUACCGUCUGCCUGAUUACCCGCGGCCAGGCCGGCCGGUGCCAGGCUACCGCGGACCUGUCUACAACGUCACUGGAGAGGAGGUGUCCUUCAGCUUCAGCACCCAGUCUGCCCCCGCCGUCCUGCUCUAUGUCAGCUCCUUUGUGCGUGACUACAUGGCCGUGCUCAUCAAGGAAGACGGGACCUUGCAGCUGCGCUACCAGCUGGGCACCAGCCCCUAUGUGUACCAGCUCACCACCCGCCCUGUGACGGACGGCCAGCCCCACAGCGUCAACAUCACCCGGGUCUACCGCAACCUCUUCAUCCAGGUGGACUACUUCUCCUUGACGGAACAGAAGUUCUCACUGUUGGUGGACAGCCAGCUGGACUCGCCCAAGGCCUUGUAUUUGGGGCGCGUUAUGGAGACUGGAGUGAUUGACCCAGAGAUCCAGCGCUACAACACACCAGGUUUCUCAGGCUGCCUGUCUGGUGUCCGAUUCAACAACGUGGCUCCUCUCAAGACCCACUUCCGAACGCCUCGACCCAUGACCGCGGAGCUGGCCGAGGCCCUUCGUGUCCAGGGAGAGCUGUCUGAGUCUAACUGCGGAGCCAUGCCACGUCUCGUCUCAGAGGUGCCCCCUGAGCUGGACCCCUGGUAUCUUCCCCCAGACUUCCCAUACUACCAUGAUGACGGAUGGGUUGCUAUACUUUUGGGCUUUUUGGUGGCCUUCUUGCUGCUGGGACUGGUGGGAAUGCUGGUGCUCUUCUAUCUACAGAAUCAUCGCUACAAGGGCUCCUACCACACCAAUGAGCCCAAGGCCACACACGAUUACCACCCUGGCAGCAAACCUCCCCUGCCUACUUCAGGCCCAGCCCCAGCCCCAGCCUCAGCCCCAACCCCGACUCCGACACCAGCUCCCACCCAAAUUCCAGCUCCAGCUCCAGCCCCAGCCCCAGCCCCAGCCCCAGCGCCUGGCCCCCGGGACCAAAACCUACCCCAGAUUCUGGAGGAGUCCAGAUCUGAAUGA